ACCAGCGAUUAAAGAAACAAAAGACACCUAGGGGCCGACCGUUGUUGGAAAAAAAAAGCGUUCUUUUUUCCCCAGUCUUUUCUAGCUAACUCCUCUCCAGAACCGUCCUCGUGGACACAAGAGUCAACACACCCAAGAAAAUAACACCCAGAAACUUAUAGGGACAAUGGAGGCUGCGGCGUGAAGCCUCACCAGCUUCAAUGAACCCGCAAACUCAUAGACCGUAAACGCCCAAACCCUACUGCGCAGCCGCAUGACCUCUCCCCGUUCGCCCCGCCCCUUCGCCUUACUCCCCUCCCAGGCCCAGCAUGCACCGCGUCGACCUUUUCUUUGCGAGUGACCCCUGCUUUCGGCGCCUUCCCAAUGACAGGAGGCGCGGAGCAUUGUGGUCCCGCGGGCCGGAGAGAGGCGGGACACCGGAAAGAGAAAGCAAAAGACCAGUGCGAGCCGGCAGGGAGGACCGGGCGCAUGCGCACGGGCAGCGGCAGGACCGGAAAGGGCGUGACAAAGUCUACGGCGAGCGCAUUGGGGCGGGGCCUCGAGGCCUUGGCGCGGAGUCCCCGAGGCCGGAGGGGAGGGGGCGGGCUAAGGGUGCGGGCGGAGGAGGAAGUGUCAUGGCGUCGGGCCGUGGAGCUUCUUCUCGCUGGUUCUUUACUCGAGAACAGCUGGAGAACACGCCGAGCCGCCGCUGCGGAGUGGAAGCGGAUGAAGAGCUGUCGCACCGCCAGCAGGCGGCCAACCUCAUCCAAGACAUGGGACAACGUCUCAAUGUAUCUCAGCUUACAAUAAACACUGCGAUUGUUUAUAUGCACAGGUUUUAUAUGCAUCAUUCUUUCACCAAAUUCAACAGAAAUAUAAUAUCACCUACUGCAUUGUUUUUGGCUGCAAAAGUGGAAGAACAGGCUCGAAAGCUUGAACAUGUUAUCAAAGUAGCACACGCUUGUCUUCACCCCCUAGAACCACUGCUGGAUACAAAAUGUGAUGCUUAUCUUCAGCAGACUCAAGAACUGGUUUUACUUGAAACCAUAAUGCUACAAACACUGGGUUUUGAGAUCACCAUUGAACACCCACACACAGAUGUAGUGAAAUGCACCCAGUUAGUAAGAGCAAGCAAGGAUUUGGCACAGACAUCCUAUUUCAUGGCUACCAACAGUUUGCAUCUUACGACCUUCUGUCUUCAGUACAAACCCACGGUGAUAGCAUGUGUAUGCAUUCAUUUGGCUUGCAAAUGGUCCAAUUGGGAGAUCCCUGUGUCAACUGAUGGAAAGCACUGGUGGGAAUAUGUGGACCCUACAGUUACCCUAGAGCUGCUAGAUGAGCUAACACAUGAGUUUCUACAAAUAUUGGAGAAAACGCCUAGUAGGUUGAAGAGGAUUCGAAACUGGAGGGCUAUGGCUAAGAAACCAAAAGUAGAUGGACAAGUAUCAGAGACACCACUGCUUGGUUCAUCUUUGGUCCAGAAUUCCCUUUUAGUAGAUAGUGUCACUGGUGUGCCUGCCAACCCAAGUUUCCAGAAACCUUCAACGUCAACGUUCCCUGCUCCAAUACCUCUAAAUUCAGGAAAUACUUCUGUUCAAGACAGCCGUGCACCUGAUAAUUUAUCAGUGCUGGCAGCAGGAAUGCCCAGUACCUCGUACAGUUUGUCAUCACACCAAGAAUGGCCUCAACAUCCAGAUUCAGCCAGGACAGACCCAGGAUACACACAGAAACAGGAGGCCACUCUCUCUGGGAGCCAAUACAUCAGCUUCCAGCAGGGUCCUUCUAUGACACUGCACUCAGGAUUACAUCACAGGCCAGACAAAGUUGCUGAUCAUUCAUCAGCUAAGCAAGAAUACGCUCACAAAUCCGGGAGCAGUAAGCACCAUGGGCCCGUUCCUGCUGUCCCUGGAGUAGUUCCUCAGAAAAUGUCUUUAGAUAAGUACAGAGAAAAGCGGAAGCUGGAAACCCUGGACCUGGACACAAGGGAUCAUUACUUAGCUGCCCAUGCAGAGCAACAGCACAAACAUGGGCCAGCAGUCGCAGGCAGUUCUGUCACUUCUCCCAUUAAAAUGAAACUUCCCAUCACCAACUCUGACAAACCUGAGAAACACAUGGCAGAGAAAAAGGAGAAGAGUGGAUCGCUGAAGUUACGGAUACCCAUCCCGCCCCCUGAUAAAGGUCCCAGUAAAGAAGAGCUGAAGAUGAAGAUCAAAGUGUCGUCCUCAGAAAGACACAGCUCUUCAGAUGAAGGCAGUGGGAAGAGCAAACACUCAAGCCCACAUAUCAGCAGAGACCACAAAGAGAAGCACAAGGAAUACCCCGCCAACCGCCACCACAGCAGCCACAAGCACUUGCACAUGCACAGUGGAGGCGCUAAGCAUGCUGCUGAUGGGAUGCCGCCCACGGUGCUGAGGAGUCCUGUGGGCCUGGGCCCCGAUGGCAUCUCCUCCGGCUCCAGUGCAAGAAAGAAGCUGCAUAUCAACGAUGCCUCCCACAACCACCACUCCAAAAUGAGCAAAAGUUCCAAAAGUUCAGGUAGUUCAUCUAGUUCUUCCUCUGUUAAGCAGUAUCUAUCCUCUCACAGCUCUGUUUUUAACCAUCCCUUACCCCCUCCUCCCCCUGUCACAUACCAGGUGGGCUACGGACAUCUCAGCACCCUCGUGAAACUGGACAAGAAACCAGUGGAGCCCCACGGUCCUGAGGCCAAUCACGAGUACAGUACAAGCAGCCAGCAUUUGGACUACAAAGACACAUUCGACAUGCUGGACUCGCUGCUAAGUGCCCAAGGAAUGAAUAUGUAAUCAUUUGUUUAGGUCAACUUUUCCUUUGCUUUUUAAUUUAAAAAUGGUUGGAAUGGAAAAUUUCCUCCUGGUCCAGCAGUGGUGCCACUGCUUCCAUAUUUGUAAGUGCUGCUUUUUUCUUCAUUCUGAAAAGAAGAGAUGAUAGUAAACAAGUCUAUCUCCACAUACGAUAGUGUUACAGUACUGUAAACGCAUGGAAGAUGCAGCUAAGAACAUUAGGAUGAAUGGCUGGCUGCUGCUAGGAAUCUAAGCUGCCUCAAGCUUUUGUUAUUUAUAAUUUGAAUACUGUAGCUGUUUUUUGUUGUUGCUUGGCUUUGAAUGAGUGUCAAUUGUUUUUCUUUUGUGUAUUUAUACUUGUAUGUAUGGUUUGCAUGUCUCAGUGAUAAAGGGAUAAAACAGAAUACUGACAACUGUUUACAAGAAAGUGGAGAAAAAUGUACAUACAUUUUUGUAUGUUUAGAUAUUACCAUAAAUACUCAGGAUCGGAGCUGCUUGUAAGUAUAACAAUAUACAGAAUAACUUUAUUUUCUCUCGUCAGAGUCCAUCACUAAUCUAAAACACAAGUGGCACUUUUUAUGUUAACCUUAAACUCUAGGCCUUACUGGAAGCCGCUGAGGGGACACUUCACUACUAGACGGGAUGCGGUGCCACGGGUGGUCCUUAACACUGGGAAGCUCUCAGUUUGCCUUCAGAGGUUCUGACCAGAUUGGCUGCAGAGUCAGCCCCUAAUUUCUGAAGGUUUGAAGAGGAAAAAAAAUAAUAAAGUUUACAUACACUUGAUGUGAAGUGCAUUUAAAUGUUUGUUGGCUUGUUGCAGUGCUAUAGAAGAGCAGUUAAUAAUGGGCAUGAGGAUGACUGUGACUUAACUCACAGGAGCUCCCAGUGAAGAAUUGGUCCAGUUCUUCAAGAACUUUGACACUACAGAGUUUAGCAGUGAACAGGGAUCACUUUUCCUUUAGCAUUUGCAGUGACACCAUAGUCUUGAAUAUACUCUUCCCAUGGAGAGAGAGUGAGUGAGUGUGGGGGUGAGAAAGAGAGAGAUACCAUAUUUCUUUUUCAGGUAAAUGCAGUCUUCCUUAUAAAAAUGAAAUUAAACCUAUGCUCUCUUGAUUCUUUUAUAUUCUAACAAUAAAUAAAAAGGAAACAUUGCUGACUGUGUAUUGUACCUGUAUUUAUAGCUUAUGGUCAUUAUCAGGAAAAUGUAAGGAAAAAGGCCAGCCAGUGCUGGAGGUUCUACAUUCGUUUGCACGUCUUAGUAGGUUCUCAUUAAGGUGACGCUUGCACUGUCACCUGACGCCUGGUCAGGGGAUAGACCAGCUUGUCUAAAUUUUGGUGUAAGCACCAAUAGUAUGGCUCUUGUCUGUUGCCUAAUCUUGAAUUUAUUUCUGUGGUAAGUCUUAGCUGUUGAGUCUCUUAAAAUGGGUCGGAUUCAACUUGUCUUGAAUCACAAUUUUUCUCUGUAUAUGAACUGUUUUGUUAUAAAGCCACUGAUCUGUGCACAAUUGUAAUUUUAUUCAAGUAUGUUGUGCUUGUAAAUAUUAGAGUUGAACCUUGUACUCUACUUUUAUUUAGCAAUUACUUAGUUUGCCUGUAGCUUUUUGUUGUUUUGUUUUGUUUUUUUAAAGAAAAUGGUUGAUUAUUUUGUCAAUGUUGUUUGACUUUGGGAUGUCAGGAGCCUCUUUGUGGGAACUCAGCUUAGCAGGCUCAUCCUCGCUCUGUUUUGUCUUGCAUCAGUAAUCUGCUACUAUGUGAUUUUGUUGCUGUGUGGUAUACUAUUGUAUCAUAAACAUGGGGAUUCUGAUGAGUUACAGUGUCACUGUGCUAAUAGUCAAGGACUAGCAUAGAAUUAAACAGUGCAAGGUGAGGGAGGGAAGGGUUUUGUUCUUGGUGACUUAGAUGUGAACCCUCGACAGAGCAUCAUGUGAACUGACAUGGGGUGGUCAUGCUACUGUAUCAUUGGGAGUGAUGCCAGGAAUUUUAAUCAGCUUUUGUAAAGAGUGUCCAGAAAAGUAGUGAACUUAUUUUCAGUGUGACAUAGAAAACAAUGUGAAUAUUUAAGAUCUGGGACUAUAGUUAAACUUCACUAAGGAUUUUCAGAAAUGUGUUGUUUUUUGGUUGGUUUUUUUUUUUUUAGAUAUGGGAAUAAAGGUAAUUUUGUUGAAUCUUAUUGGUGCUAAUGAUGGACAGUUAAACAGAUAGUGUAUGUGCUAUGGAUCAGUACACUUAGUACUUCCAGAAUUGACUUUGAAAUGCUAUGUAUUCACUUUUCACUCUGUAAAUGUAAUUCUUUACAAUGACUAUUUAUUAAAAGGCAGUCAGUCGUGAUUUUUACAGGAUUGUGUGAACUAUUCCAACUCUGCAACCUCUGAACAAGAUGCUAAACCCACAAUGGGGGAAAAUGUGUGAAUCUUCUUAAGUUUCCUUUCCACUAAGGAAAACCCUCAUGUGUCAUAUCAUCAUGAAUUUGCUUGAAACAUCUUGUUUGCAUAAAAUAGUUCAUCUGCAUGGUCCCAUUAGACUCUACCAAAGAAAAAAGACUCAGUGAAUGGACAUUCUAUUGUGAGUCUUGUAAGUAGCCAUAAAUAACCAAAAUAGUAUCAAACUUAGGUGUGACUUUUCACAUGUGCGAAGUACUGUUAAGGUGAUACAUUUUUGAUGAGUUUUUUAAUACUUGAAAAUAUUAAAAAGCAUUAUCUUUAAAUCGUCCUAUAAAAGAGUGAUUCAUUCUUAAGGUGUGUUUCCCUAGGUUCAUGACCCUUUUGCAAAAGCACAUUGUAACCAGAGGCUUCCUGUCUACCUCUAGCAACCAAUUUUCCAAAAUCAACAUGUGCUUCCUAAAUAUUUGCCUUAGCUACUAACGUGCAGUUUUCGGGACCAAAGCAAAGGAAUGUUUGUUUGCAAAAGUCUUCAGGAGGCCUGCGUCACAAACUCGGUGGCGGUGUCCACUGGUGGAGAAGGCCUUGCCGUUUCUUCUAGUUGCAGAUAGUAGCAAUGAAAGGCAGUGGUGCCAGUCCCGGGUACCCUUAGAGCAGAGGGUGUGCAUCUCAGUCUUCCUGGUACUCAGAGCGUUCAGCCUUCUCAGAUGUCUUCCGUGGUAUGGGGUGUCGUGAGUGCACCCUUUGUACCAACAGAUGGUUGUAGUAGUAAUAUAGGACUCCAAACUUUCGGGCCUGUCUGUCCCCUUUGUUAGGAUUUACUUUAGAGAACCAGCUUUAAAUGUUUAAUUAGUUAUAAAUAAAUAUCUUGCCUUAAGAGGUUUCAAAAAGUGUAUUUUCUUAUCUGAGGAAUUAAAAUCUGAUUUUAUUAGCCAGCCUGAGGAAUAAACCAUACCUAUAUAUGGACGGAACAUGAUUUGUUCUUGCAUUAUGUAGAUGGCUCAUUUAAAUAACAUCUAGGAAAAAGGAAACUUUCUGGUUUGAGUUUUUUGAGACACAGUCUUACUCUAUAAUAAGGAUAUGAGCUGGCUUUAAAUUAAUCCAUUCUUCUGCCUUCACCCAUGCCUUGAUCAGUGUUUAAGUUAUUUCCAGUCUUAUCUAAAUGAAAAAAGGACUUCAAAAGGUGGGCUUAAUUUGCUAGAAGAUUCUGAGAAUUUCUUUGCUGAGGAAAAUCUGGAAACUCUUUGGCUUGGUAUUUCUCUUGAUUCAGCAGUUUCCCCCUCAGGAGCCUUUCUUGGGCAGCAUUAGGAUCUACUCACCACAUUUACAUAGGGAAGAGUCGGCAAAGCCCACGCUAGGGGAACGUGAGUGGACCCAGUUUAACUCUUCUGUGCGUGUUGGUUUAAGAUAGGUGGGUUAAAGCAUGAAUGCAUUCCUGGUUUUCUUACUUCAUAUUGAGACCAUUGAUACUAGGGUAUGUGUUUAGAAUGUAGGUGCUUCUGUACAAGUUCAGCAGUUAGGUGAAAGCCAAGUCAGACACUUGUUGGAAAUACCUGUCUUCAUCAUUAGUGAUCUUGGUGGUACUGACAUGCUCCAACUAUGUUCUUUUGUUAUUCCAGUUUUAAAUUGUGCCCAGCCAGGUCUUUGUGAGUCCCCUUUCCUGGUUUAUAAUUCACCAUCUUUCCUGCCUGGCAUUUUCUUGAGGUGUGCUGACAUGCCCAAGACUGCAUGGGUAGGGCCAGUUCUGUUCUCAUAAAGCAGGCUUUGUCCAUUCACUGCAAUUCAAUAAUCUCAAAAGUCAAUCCUGUGAACUCUGUAGCUUCCCUUGUUCCCAAGGUUUGAGAGGAAGCCUCACCUAAAAUCCUCCAGUCCAUUUAGUAGUUUGUGUUAUUUGAUUGGCCCAAUAAUGAGUAGCUUCCCUCGAUUAAGAAAACUCUGGAGUACCAAUUUGUUAUGGACAGUGGAAUUUGAACAUUCAAAACCCUUGUGGAUAAUGGAAUGAAACAAGAAAAUGUGUAUGCUGGCAUGAAUUAGCCGUUGAAUUUCAGCUUCUCAUUACAUAAGGAAUUUAUUAUUAAUAAAGUUUGUUUAUUGACAACCAAA